AUGCUACUGACCCGCUCCUUGGCGCGCGCCCCGCAAAUGUCAAAAGGUGCAGCACAACAGGCAGACAAUAGCCACACCAGCAGCAGCAACAGCGAUGAUCCGGUUGCUUCCACAACCCUGGCCGAGCGUCUGGAGGUGGUUUGCAAGCGCUUCCUUCAUGACGUGUGCUACUGGACAAACUUCGACAGCGGGGAACCGUUGGAGGCCGCAGAUGUAAAGCGCGCUGCCACCGGGUCUAUGGUCUUCAUGCUGGAUGCAGGCGCGGUGGCUAAGCGCGCAAAAUGUUCGGGCUUAGGACCGGCUGAAAUGACCCAACAAAACAAAACCGACCCCACCGUCCUCUCCAGGCUCUACAUGGCUCCCGAUGCCACCAUCCAUGCUGACGGACUCUUCGGCUACCUGGCGCCGCCCACCAUGACUGGCCAGGACGCCUUCUUCGACUACGUCGAGCGCGAGCGCGCGGCCUACCAGCCCCUGCUCCUUGAGAUCUUGUUGGUGGCAGUGAACGAAGAUCAGGACACGGCCUUCGCGCUGUCCAUCUUCCACAUGAAGAGUGUGGGGCCAUGGCUAGGGUCCCAAGCCACCGGCAGAAUAUCAGAGGGCGUCCGCAUAGACGAACUGCGCUUCGACUCCGAAGCCAAGAUAGUGGAGGCGUGGUGCAACCGGCAGCUAUUCCAGGAGGAGCGCGACGCGCUGCUCCGAGAUCCGCAGCACCACCAUGCGGCCGGCUUUGAUCGUUCCCGGUUGCGGCGGCAGGUUUCGGAGCAUGAGGACGGCUCCCACGGUCCCCUAGCACCUCACAAAAUGAUGCAGCUGGCCAGUGUGUGGGCCGAGCUGUGGAAUGUGGCCACUGCCAGCGGCUCUCUGAACCCUGAUGUGCUGGACAACCUGAUGGAGGAGGACUUCGCGCUGUGCGACCUCCUGGGACUGACUGGGGACGACUCCGAGCACCUGGACCACCCCUUCACGGCUAUUCGAAACCGGGAGGAUGCCAAGCGGGUACUACAAGAGUUAACCGAUAAGUACGACGUGGACGAGUCUGUCGUACGCAUCGCGGCGCGGCAUGGCACCAACGCGACAUUCACGCACUGGCGCGCUCGACUGGUGCUGCGUACGCCAGCGAGUGUGGCUGCGCGGGAGGCCGCCGCCGCGGACCUCUUCGCGUCCCGGGGCCCGGAUCCACUGGUGCCCGCCCGCGGCCAGAACCAGGGCGCCGGCGGCGUCGGCGUCGGCGUCAUCGGUUCGUCGUCUUUCAACACCGAGGCGACCGAGCUGUUACUUUUUUCCCCCUGUGGCAAGUUGCAGUGCGUUUACCAGUUCCGGAAGCCGCUCGGCUCGGACCGCAGGGCUGUGCUCGCAGCUCCACCGCCAGCCACCGCAGCAGAAGAGGCCGAAGAGGAUGAAGAAGCGGCGGCGGCAACGGCGGCUGCAGAGCCGGGUGGGGAAGGGAUGGCGAGGGCGGCGGCGGCUGCUACUUCGUAG